UUGUACUAAUUUUGAAAAAAUCUUUCAUAUUUCAAGGCGAAUUCGAGAAUUUGUUUUUGUUUUCGAAUGAUAUUAAAUGGUUAAUUACCUCGUUCAAUGCUGAAGGUAUUUCGUUGUCACCCCUGUAGUAGGGAAUUUUUUAUUUUAAUUCGAGCGCGAAUUUGACGCAGCUAGAGGGCGCUAUUGCUCAAUAACAUAUAUAGAUCACCACAGCUGACAGCCAGGCAAAACAUUAAUACAAUACACAACAACGCACAUGAGGCAUGUCGUCUUACAAAUAACAAAAAGUUGACACAGUACCAUCGCUGGACGAUGGACAGGGAGGCGGACAGUGUUUACGGCCUCGUCGGCAGGUUGUGCGAAAGCAUAUACCACACCAACAGGCAGAAAAGCUACGACGAUGACGAAAAUGCACAGGAGGAAGAAAAGCACUUGAAGAGACUACGUGCCAGGGCCUACGAGAUUCUGCUCAAUAAGUCGGAUAAAGAUGAGGGUCAGCAUGAUGAGCCAUGCGAGCCAAUUAUGGACCUCCUUAAGCACGCUUACAUACUCAGAGUUGGUGCUGGAAGAAUUUCGCAGGCUAAUGAAUUGGAAGAGUAUUUAGAUGAAUUCAUCGAUGGAAAAUUACAAGAAGAAGAUCCAGUAGCUUAUUCAAUUUUACAGUUCCUCAGUAGUUUAAAAUCGCUUGAAUCAAUCGAUGAUACUUCUCUUAAUAUAUUCUACUACGAUAGACCUCAUCCUCAGUUGCCAGAAAUGGUAUGUGGUAAGAGCUCUGUGCCACCUUUUCAAGUGUAUCCUGUAGAGUCAUUUCAUUUGCCUAAAAAAUUUGAAGCAAUGCUUAAACAAGAUAAGGGUAAUAUAAUUAGUUAUGAUGGUAUCGAGCCAGGAAAUAAACUUGUCCUUCUUGAUCGAUUUGCAUCUUGUACAUCUAUCAUUCCUAGUAUAAGGUACAGAGGCAAUACAAAUUCUAGUACAUCUAUCAGUUCAAAAGAUACUAUUCAAUCCCUGAAAGAAAUGAAUUUCAUGAGUGAUUACUUUUUACCCCAAAUAAGAGGUAUUGAAUCGCCUGAUGAAUAUCUUCAAAUUAAUCGUGAAGGAAUUGUCGAAGAGCCUGAAACACCUUUACAAGCCAAAGAUCCUCUUCAAAUGUUUGCUGAAAAUGGUUUUGCUAUACAAAAACAUGAUAUGGAUAUCUGUGAAAUUGAGGAAGAUUUUGAAGAAACUAGUCCAGUGAACAAUUUGGACAAAAUGUGGGAAAACAUGGAUAAAUUAGGUCCUAUAUCCAGUUACAGAACUUGGGAGACUUUGGGGGACUCAAAUCCAUCCAAAGAAUUACCAUUUGCUUCUGAACUAGUCGAUGCAACCUUGCAUAUAAUAAAUGUAGCUCAGGACAAUCUCUUGAUGAAUUAUAUACCUGAAGUGAAUGUGAUAUCUUACAAACAGUUUAUUGAUGAUAUAAAAGUACUCCUUCUUGGUGUUGAAUCUAGUACAUUCCUUUAUAACCCAAUGAAUGGGUUUGAACUCAAGAAAAACAGUGCCAUACAUGGAAUAAGCUCUAGUACACUUGAAAAUAUGUGUUAUGAAGUCACUUUUUGGGGAACUUGCUUCAAAAAUCUCUCAGAUAUGGUUACGCCUGACCCAGAAACAGGAAAAUUACAAAUUGAGGGAUUAAUAUUCAAGGCAUUAUGUGGGAGUAUAAAAGAAUUUUUACUAUUCUACCAUGCUGCUAUUCUCAGAGUCACAACACUAAUAAGUAGCAAAAAUGGACUUCUGGAAGUUCUUGACAAACUUCGACCACUUGGAAAUCUAAUUGCUAAAGUAGCCCAGCUAUGUAGGUGCGAUAGGCAUAAGACUACUUUAGGCGAAGGAAUCGGUAUCUUAACACAUAUCUACAAAGAAGUAACAAGAGUUACUGAAAAAAACGUAGCUUUGGUUUUUUACUCGAUAUUGAAGGAUUGCUGUGAAGUAUACUUUAGAUUUUUGCAACAUUGGAUUUUCAAGGGUGCCUGCGCCGAUAUUUACGAAGAAUUUAUGAUCGUGGCGAGACCUCAGUAUCUGCGCACUCGUACUCAUCGAUUCUGGACAAGAGCAUUUAUCAUUAAUCCAAAUUUAGUCCCUGGCUUUCUUGCCGAUCUCGUUAAUCCAAUCCUGCAAUGCGGCAAAGCCAUAACGCUGCUCAAGAUUUGCGAUCCAAAAAAUCCGCUCAUCCGCUUAUCGGUAUCCAGCCAGCCUCCGGUUCACGUUUGUUUGAACGUUGCCAUGCUGCAAGAUCAAGCGCGUUUCUACGAGGAUUACGCCGCGCGUGGCGAAGCCGAACGUGGAGAGCAACUCACGCUAAGCUCGGCGAUACAGUCUCUCAAAGAAGCCGAGCGCAAAAGAGCCGCCCUCGUGAUUGCUGCACAGCAAGUUACUUUAUUGCGGCUCAAGAAGGAGCGAGAAGAUGAAUUGAAAAAAAUAGCAAAAGACAAACUCGAUCUGCUUGAAGAAUUGAAGGAUCAAGCCGAACAAGCGGCUUUGAGGAAAGAACGCGAUAGGAAAAGCGAACUGCUGGAGGAUAAACGUAUUCUCGAAGAAUAUCUCAAAAUUGAAAAUGAGGCGAUACGACAAGAAAAUGUUGGAAAGGAAAAUAAUUUGAGGUAUUACAAAGAGUUGGCGGAAGAAAUCGAAAAUCGGCGGAGGAUAAGGGAAGAAUCUGCUUGCAAGGAUAAUCAUGACGCGCCCGAAACGAAAACCGAUGACUCGGAGGUUGUCAAAUCUGAUGAAAAAAUUACCGAUGAAAUAACAGAAAAACCAAAAAUAAUCAUUGACGAUCUGGAAGACACGAAAAAUGUAAAUAGUGACUCAGCUCCUAUCGAAGAAGCCAGCCCUGCUACAGUAGAAGUUGCUGCAGACGAAGAAAAUAAAAGUUCCAUUGUUUCACCGAGUAAUAAGGCGGUUCGACCAACUGUACUCGAUAUCAAUAGCGUAACAAAUAGAAACAUCGAAGCCAAACGUAACAAGCUCAAGGUCCUCGAAAGCGAGUUUGGCUUUGUCGAGCCCGCUGCCGAUAUACCUUGGACCAAAUUAAACAUGGACUCGUUGACGGAAGCUCAGAAGAAUCGCUUGAAAAUUUUGGACACCGAAUUCGGUUUGAGCCCGGUGAAAGAAACCGCGCAGGUACGGCCUAAAAUUGAAGACGAUGAUCUGACCGACGCGCAACGAAACAAAUUGAAAAUCCUUCAAAACGAGUUCGGUUUCGAAGAAGAGGAUACAAAAUUCGUCAAGCAAGAAACCGAUCUCGAUAACUUGACGGAUGCUCAAAGAAAUAAAAUUAAAGUGCUUGGAACAGAGUACAACUUGGAGAACGUAAAAGAGGACGCGAAACCUCCCAUCGAUUUGGACAAUCUAACGGACGCGCAGAGAAACAGAAUGAAAAUUCUUCAAAAUGAAUAUGGAUUUGGGGAUCCUAUAAUCAAUACCAACCCUACCUUGGAUUUGGAUAAUCUUACGGAUGCUCAGAAGAAUAGGUUGAAAGUGUUGAAUUCGGAAUACGGCAUAUUUACGCCCAAUAACAACGAACAAAUCAUAAUCCAGAACGUCACAGACAUCAGUAAAAUGACGAUUUCAGAGAUCAACCGUAUCAAAAAUAUGGCGCACAAUGACUGGAACGAGCUAGUCGUCAACAAGAAAUUAAACAACCCGAGCGGAAAAACCGAGAUCCAGCUUAACUGGAACGAGCACGAGCCAGUCGAAACACCGGAACUUACGGAAGCUCAACAAAAUCGUAAUCGUGUCAUGUCGACGGUCUUCGACUUACCCGCUAUGAAUGACGAAAACAAACCUCGAGGAAACAACGUGUCUUUAACCGACUGCCAAAAAAAUCGUAAUCGCAAUAUGGCUCACAAUUUCGAAUACGAUUACAACGCGCACACGCCGAUGUCAACGGCAACCGAUAUGUUCACGAUCUCGACGCACAGUGGCUCGGCUCAAGAACCGCAUAGUUGCGCCAAUACGCCAUUUUCAGAGAUCACGAAUCACAGUGAAUUAUUGUGCGCUCAAUCGUCGGACGCCAGCGGUUUGACCGACGAGGUGUCGCGAAAUAGCUUCAGAUCGGAUUCGAAAGGAAUUUUCCACGACAUGAGUCCAGCCUUUCCACAGUUCAUUGGCUUGGCUUCGAUGCCAAGCACACCGGCGGAUGCUUUGGGUGAAUAUCAACCACCGCAGCAUGAACAACAGAAGCAAUUAACGAGCGCAGACAUCGAGAUGAUAAACUCCACGUCUUUGCAAGUGUUUCUUGAGAAAUCGAUCGUCGUUCCUCUCUCUGUACAGAGCCGACUCGUCAACGAUGCUAUUGUCAAAUAUCUACUAACAGAGCAUUCGAUGCUUUCGCAUUUGCACAGCUUGAGGAGUUACUACUUUCUUUUAAACGGUGAAUUCGGCAAAUCGUUGACGCAAUCGCUGUUCACGCGUCUGUACCAAGUCGAAUCGCCGGUGGAAUUAUUCAACUCGUCGAUUCUGUCGAAUUUCCUUGAGAAAGCACUGGUCAGCUCUCUGAGCGGAACUUACGCCAACUCAGAACUGCUCAGCCUUUCAGCUUCCGAUUUACCCGAUACUCUUCAGACCUCGAAUCCAGAGGCGUUGAGCAGUCUUUCGCUAAAUUACAAAAUAUCAUGGCCAUUAAACAUCAUUUUCAACGACAUGGUUAUGCAGCAGUAUAGCAAAGUGUUUAAAUUUUUGUUGAUGGUCGGUCGCGUGCUCUGGGUACUGCAGGAGGACUUUCACAUAUUAAAAGUCGAGAGGAAAGCGUCAUGUGCCAAACAACAUCAUAAGUUGCAGCUAUUUCGUCAUUCAAUGAUGCAAUUUAUGAACGCGCUUCACACGUAUCUGACUUGCGGUGUGUUGCACGCCAGCUGGGCGGAAUUCGAGCGCGAACUCGAACAGGCCCAUACGCUCGAUGAGAUAAACGACAAGCAUGUCGCUUACCUCAAAAAGAUACUGUCAAGAUGCAUGCUGAACCAGCGUGGCGAAAAGAUGCGCACCUGCUUGACGAACAUAUUCAAAGUGGUGCUGAAAUUUCACAAUCGCAUAAGAUCCCGUCAGCAGUCGACGCACACGGCAUCGAGCUACGAGAAUCUCGAGCGCAUGUACCUGGCGUUUUGCGAGCAACGCGCCUUUCUGGCCCACGUAGCUGAAAAAUUGGCUCAGGCCGGCUAUCAGCCUCAUCUAAUGCAGUUUCUGCACGCGCUGAACAUCAAUCCGCGCUACGAGCUCGCUGUAAAAAAGUAAAGGCGUUCUAUUUGAAUUAAAAAUAUUGACGGAACCUCGACAUUUUUGUCAAAUUUUAAUCGAUAAUCUGUACGAACUAUGCAACAAAUCUUGAUGUUCUUUACGUGUAUCGUGCAAUUGUAAAUUAUAAAAAAAAAAUUACGUUACAUUUUUGAGUUAUUUACAUGUUAUUUGUGCGAAGUUGCAAGAUGUUCACGUUUUAAUUAAUGUCGGCUAUUAUUGGCACCUCAAAAGUACAUAAAUUACAUUGACAAAUAAUUGAUGUUCACGUCUACCACGCAUGGGUCAUUCCUUCCGCGCUUUUCUUGCCUCUGCAUAUACUCGAAUAUAUUUUCGUUACAGAUAAAAUAAAUUACUCGUUUUUGAUAUCUCUUGUAAAUACAUGUAAAUCAAAUGAAAUUAUCGCUUUAGAGGCAUCGUUACAUCCGCCUUUUUUCUUUGUGCAAGAUUGUCUGUAUUAGGACUUUUAAAUAUGUAUCAAGUUAUGUUUAAUUAAUCUCAUGUUGCUUAUUGUAAAAAAAACUAAUCUUUUGCAAGCUUGUUAUCUAUUAUUAGCAACGUUAUCGUGGUACUUAUUAGUUAUAAAAUAUUGUUAGUUAUGCUUUAUGAAUGUAAUAUUAAAAUGAAAAAAUAUUUACACGUUUUUUUAUGUAAGCACAAAAAUACUCGUAGUUGCUAUACAAAAGCUAUUUCCUAAAUAAUGAAAUUAUAAUAAUUAUUACCAAAAAUGUAUUACCUUAUGCAAAGCAUAAAAACAGUUACAUUCAAGUUAAUUUUAGUACUUCAGAUUAGUAUUAAGUAAUCGACGCUUAGUUAAUUAAUUUUUUACACAAUUUUUUAUACUCAAUUUAUUAGUUUAUACUUCUAAUUAACAUAUCAAUUGUAAAGUGUCCUUGAUAGCAGUUAUUAUUUAUUUGAAUUUCAAGUUCAUUCAAUUGCAAUAAAUUCUUUGAAAACA